AAAUAGCUGCUGGAUCAACGCGGUGUGGGUCUGUAGCUCUAGAGAUGAGCGGGAAAAGGCCAGCUGAGCCCACUCCGGGCCAGGCGGGGAAAAAGAGAAAGAAGGAGGUGAUGGUGGAGUUUUCGGGUCUUAUCACGGAGGAAAUCUUGAAAAAGCAGGUGGCGGAGGCCUGGAGCCUCAGGACGCCGUUCAGUCACGAAGCCAUUGCCAUGAACAUGGACCCCUUUCUUCACUGCGUGAUCCCAAACUUCAUCCCAAGUCCAACCUUUUUGGAAGGGCUUCAGAAGGAACUUUUGAACUUGGACUUCCAUGAAAAGUAUAAUGAUUUAUAUAAGUUCCAGCAGUCUGAUGACCUGAAGAAGAGAAGAGAGCCUCACAUCUGUGCUUUAAGGAAAAUUCUGUUUGAAGAUUUCCGGGCUUGGCUCUCUGAUGUUUCCAAGAUUGACCUGGAAUCAACCAUUGACAUGUCCUGUGCUAAAUAUGAAUUCUCGGAUGCCCUGCUCUGCCACGACGACGAGCUGGAGGGGCGCCGAGUCGCCUUCAUCCUCUACCUGGUCCCCCCCUGGGACGGGAGCCUGGGCGGCACCCUGGAUUUGUACAACGUUGACGAACACUUUCAGCCGAAGCAGAUCGUCAAGUCUCUUAUCCCCUCGUGGAACACACUGGUUUUCUUUGAAGUGUCUCCAGUGUCCUUUCACCAGGUGUCUGAAGUUCUGUCUGAAGAAAAGUCACGUUUGUCCAUAAGUGGCUGGUUUCACGGCCCCUCCCUGACCCGGCCUCCCACCUACUUGGAACCUCCUGUACCUCGGAACCCUCAUAUCCCACAAGACCAUGAAAUUUUAUAUGAGUGGAUCAACCCUACUUAUCUGGACAUGGAUCACCAAAUUCAAAUUCAAGAGGAGUUUGAAGAACAGUCCGAAAUUCUCCUAAAGGAUUUCCUUAAGCCCGAGAAAUUUGCAGCGGUCUGUGAGGCUUUGGAGAAAGGCGAUGUGAGAUGGAGCAGCCGAGGUCCCCCUAACAAAAGGUUUUACGAGAAAGCCGAGGAGAGCACGCUUCCAGACGUACUGAGGGACUGCAUGACGUUGUUCCGCUCCGAGGCUCUGUUCUUGCUGCUGUCCAACUUCACAGGCCUCAGACUUCACUUCCUGGCCCCUUCAGAGGAAGAUGAGACGGAGGACACUGCCUCUGCUCCUGACAGCACUGAGGAAGGGACAAGCUAUAGCUCCUCUGAGCUGCAGAACAGCCAGGAGGCCAGCAGCCGCCAUGGCCAGCGGAGCAACGAGCAGGCAGGCCCGGGGCCAGAGGAACACGAAGCCAAAGAGGAAGCAAGCAUCCCCACAUGCCAGGGGGAACUGCGGCGUUGGCAGACUGGUCACUACACUUUGAUCCAUGACAAUGGCAAGACUGAAUUUGCCCUGGACUUACUUCUUUACUGUGGCUGUGAAGGCUGGGAGCCAGAAUACGGCGGCUUUACUUCCUACAUUGCCAAAGGCGAAGAUGAGGAGCUGCUAACCGUGAAUCCAGAAAACAAUUCUUUGGCUUUGGUCUACAGAGACAAAGAGACUCUUAAAUUUGUCAAGCAUAUUAAUCACCGGAGCCUAGAACAAAAGAAAACCUUCCCCAACAGAACCGGUUUCUGGGACUUCUCGUUUGUCUAUUAUGAAUGACAGGGGCUGGGCACAGCUGAGAAAAAGAGACCCUUCGUCAGCACUGGGAAGUCUGGGAGAGCUGGGCGUCGAGCAGAGGACAGCUGCAGGUGACCUGUCUGACACUGUUCCUCAAACUGCAUGUGGUUGUCCUUUAGCAGGACUCACAGCGAUGGUCCUCAAUCUGGACCUUGAGCUUGGAGAUAGAUGUGUACUUAUCUCUUAAUGGGAAAAUGUUCCUUUUCCGUUAACAUUCGGUUCUUCAUUUUUCCAUAUGGACUUCUUCAGUGAUUUAAAAAUGUAGAUUUUUUUUUUGUAAAACGUACAUGACAGAAGUUCACCAUUUUAACCACUUUAUCAUGUGUGGUUCGGUGGCAUAAAGCACAUUCACUGCUGUAUGACCAUCACCACCAUCCACCUCCAGAACUUUCCAUCUUCCCACACUGCAGCUCUGUCCCCCUUCCCCUCCGCCAGCCCCCAGCCACCGCCAGUCUACUUUCUGUCUCCGAAUCAGCUACUCAUGUUCCUCAUGUAAGUGGACUAGUACAAUAUUUGUCUUUUUGUGACUGGCAUAUUUCACUUAGCAUAAACCCUUCAAGACUCAUCCAUGUGUCCAGUGAUUUUUUUUUUUCUUUAAAUACACUCAUAAAUGAUUGCAGAUUCUGUUCUUCCUAACGACACGGGUUUAGAAAAUUCCAGAAUGUCCGUCCCAUCCUGGGCCUGCUAC